AUGAAAGUCCACUGCUAUAACAUAUUAUUAUUUUCUUUUACAUUAAUUAUAUUGUUAUUAUCAUCAUCGCAGGUAAAUAACCAAAUGAACCAUUACAAUAGAGCCCAUAUGAAAAACAUAGAACCUACAAAAUCAUAUAGAUCAUUAUGCGAACGUGAAUUGUAUGCGCCAGCCAAUUAUGAUAAUGAUACAGAAAUGAAAAGGGUGAUGCAACAAUUUGAGGAUCGUACAUCACAAAGAUUUCACGAAUAUGACGAACGUAUGCAAAGUAAACGAAUGCAAUGUAAAGAACAGUGUGAUAAAGAAAUACAAAAAAUUAUAUUAAAAGAUAAAUUAGAAAAACAAAUGGAACAACAGUUAACCACAUUGGAAACAAAGAUAGAUACCGAUGAUAUUCCCACAGGUGUUUGCGAAAAAUCCUUAGCGGAUAAAACAGAAAAUUUUUGUCUAAACUGUGGUAAAAAUAUGACAGCGAUUGCACCCUGGUGGGGGUUGGUCUGUGGUGUAGGGUAUGCAGGAUGGUCACAUUAUGUUCCUAUUGCAGUUGCAAAGGCUGCUAUGGACGCAGGUAUGAAUGUAGUUAUUAAUGCAUUAAAAAAAUUGGGUGUGGAGAAAUUAACUGCUGUAAUACUCAAAGAAAUUUCUCGUACAGGUAAUUAUGCUAAUAUCAUAAAUUUUUCUAGUAUUAUUAGUACGGAAUUGAAGGCGGUCUGUAGGGUGACGUUGUCGUCCCCUAGUGAUGGUGCUAUGCGCGAAGGUAUAUGUAGCAUUCUAAAAAAGGGUCGAACACCUCCUACAGUUGAACAGGUUGUAUCAGGAGCGUUCAAAUUAAUUGAUGAAAAAGCUCCACAAGCUGCUAAAGCUGCCAAACAAAUCGAGGCAGCCAACUAUACAUCGACUACUAGUAGUUUAACUACUGGAAUAAUUGCUUCGAUUAUUGCAAUAGUGAUCAUAGUUUUAAUUAUGGUGAUUAUUUAUUUAAUUUUACGUUAUCGACGAAAAAAAAAAAUGAAGAAAAAACUCCAAUACAUAAAAUUAUUAGAAGAAUAG